UAUAUCGCCACGCUGCGGUCACACUGCUUCGCUCAGCACCUCGCUUGGUGAUAAGGAUAUAUACAGCGACGAAAAAGUGAAACCGAGAAGAGCAUUCCUGUGAAUUUAAUGCGAUUAAUGAAGAAAUCGAGCAUUUGCGCGAGUUGAGAAUGUGUGUUUGACAUCCCGAGGCCAGGCGAUUGCAGGUAACUAGCCAAGGAGGCAGCAGGUAGCCGAGGAGGCCGACCCGGCCAGCGGAGUCCCACCCUGCGGGGAGGUAAACAAACCACAGACACCGGCGUACAGUCCCGGCCACACGAGUAGAGCCACCAUGCUGGCCCAGUCGGUGUACUUGAAGGUGACGCGCCUCUCGCUGCGCUCCGCCUCGAACCUCUCCAAGCGCCGCGUGGACGAGCUGAGCUCCGGCAUCGGGGAGCUGCGCCAGCUGCUGUCCUGCGUGGUCUGCUGCCAGCUCCUGGUGGAUCCCUACUCGCCCAAGGGCAAGCGGUGCCAGCACAACGUCUGCCGGCUGUGCCUGCGCGGCAAGAAGCGGCUGUUCCCCCGCUGCUCACAGUGCGAGGACUGCUCCGACUUCAAGACCUACGAGGAGAACCGCAUGAUGGGCACCCAGCUGCUGUGCUACAAGACGCUGUGCGUCCACCUGCUGCACUCCGCCCUCUUCGGCCAGCUGAGCGGUCUGCGGCCCCAGGUGGGCCGGGAGCUGGUGUCGCGCAUCCGGCUGCCGCCCCUGAGCACCCAGGACUUCAUACGCGAGGGCUCCAACAUCUCAGACACGGGCGACACCUUCCUGCCGCAGCCAGAUCUGCCCUUCCUCAAGGACCUGCCCACCUCGCUGCCCGCCGAGACGCCGCCCACAACGGCGGCCACCACGCCAGAGCUGCCCUACGACCGGCACCUGAAUAUCAGCGACAUUGAGGCGGAGGCCGCGGCCACCGCCGAGCAGGGCCACUUCUCGCCACUGCCCCUGCUGCCCACGGGAUCGCGGAUGGGCCUGCUCGCCCACGGCGGGCAGAUAGUCAUUGCCACCGAGUCCUCGGAGUCGGGCUUUAUGGAUCACGCUUGGACGGACCAGGUGGACCUGUCCGGCGCCGUGUCGGUCUCCAGUUUUCCCGGCAACAGCACCAACUUUGCCGUGUCCUAUGUGAUGCCCACCGCUGCGUCCACGCCGUUCAAUCCUCAGGAUCUGCAGAUCGGCCAGGUGGUGCAAAUGGCCAACUCCGCGGAGUUGGCUGUGCUGGCUGCCGUGGAGGAAACUGAUGAAACCUCUGCCCAGUUGACAGAGCUCCCCGCUGAGGAGCCCGAGGAGGCUCUGCCCACCAUUGAGGAAGUCGAAGAGACCUCGAUUACGUCGGAGACCCUGGCCGAGGAGCACAAGGAAGUCAAUACACAUGUGGAAAUGCACACUUCACAACCUCCUAAUCUGGAGGAGGUUCAAGAGCCACAGGAAGAGCAGGUUACUCAGAAGCGGAAGUUGGGCGACAUGCAAGCAGAGUGGCAGGAGGAGGAGCAGCAGGCACAGGACAAGAACCUGGAAGAGCUGCAAGCAGCCGCCGAGGAGGAGGCGCAGGACGUGGAAUGGCAGCCCAGCUGUGAGGUGCAGCAGGAGGAUAACAGCACUGAGUCCCAGCCCAAGCGAAGGAAGACCCGCAGUAAGAAAUCCUCGACAGCCGCCAAAAUCGAGCCUGCUCCGGCUGAGGUCAAGGCCAAACUGCAGUCCGGCAAAGGGGCCUUCCGCAAGAUCCGUGGGAAGGAGGCGGAGGAAAAGGUGAAGCCGCCGAAGUCCAAAUGCCGAUGCGGUAUUUCCGGCGCGGCCAAUACCUUGACCACCUGCCGAAACUCACGUUGUCCCUGCUAUAAGAACUUCAACAGCUGUGCCGACUGCCACUGCGUGGGAUGCAAGAAUCCCCACAAAGAGGACUACGUGGAGAGCGACCACGAUGACGACGACUUCGAAGAAGUACUUAAGGAAGCACCAGAGCCAGAGCCGGUGGAGCAGGCAGCAGAAGAGCCCAAGCAGGAGGAAACCAGUGUGGAUAUGGUGCCAGCCACGAACGGCGCCAUCCAGUUUGUGCUGCUCUCCGACAUGAUGACCGCGCCGUAUCCCGUGGUGCUGAUGGAGAACGAGACCGGCGGCGUCCAGGGCUUCAACAUAUUCCAGGACAACAAGCCCGUUGAUCCGGCCACAGCAGGCUACAUCUACGUGCAGGUGCACAACAACAAUAGCAAGAUAAGCCUUCCCAAGUUCGCCUACGUGAUGCCGCCGCCUGCUCUGCCGGAGCCACCGGCUCCAUCGCUCUCGCCACCACCUCCGCCGCCGGCUCCUUCGCUCUCGCCUCCCCCUCCGCCACCGGCUCCGGAAAGGGAGGUCAUCGAGCCGCCGGCCAAGAAGUUCAGGACCAGCAGGACGCGCCGGGGCAGGGCCAACUUCUCGGCCCUCGACACGGUGGACGAGCUUGUCAGUGGCGGAUCCAGGAGUAACUCUGCCGCUGGCGACAGACUCUCAGCCACUGACAACGCCCACCUGCUGUUCGAGGAGAUCAUGUCCGGCUCGGACGACCUGUAAGCGAGGCAGCUCACCCGUAGAUGUUGUUAUCGUACCUUUUUUUGUUUACUGAUGCCCAGAAGUUGUCCUUAAGAGGAUAUGUGUGACACAUGUUGGGGAGCGGAAAUCCCUCCUCAACUAGUGGAACUCCUUGGUGUCCUCCUCAUUGAUCCUCUUACUUUACUUUCUCUUGAUGUCGUACCCGUAGCAUAUUUAUUUCCACUUGCGCAGUUCCUCUAUCUCAGCGAAGUCCACUCAACCAACUCCCAAAUGUCUUUUAGGAGCAUUCUACAUCCAGAGGAUUUUCCAGACUUUUUGUAACCAACCAGCAAACGUUUCUAAAACUCCCUUUUUUUUCAUAUGCAUAAGAAACAGUCGUGUAGUAUUAAGCGAUUCUUCAGCUGCCGCAAAAACUAUGUAUUCGAGGGCAAAGCAAUAGUCAAGAGUUAGGAAUAAUUAUCGUUAAACGAACAGCGAAUUAUGCUAUAACUUAGAUGCUUUGCUCGAAGUGCGGAGAAACAAUUUUUUUCCUAGGCUAAGACAAUUUUUUUCAUAGGCUAAGACAAUUUUUUUCAUAGGCUAAGACUUUUUUUUGAGCAUGAAUUUUUUUGAGCACGUGAAACCAUAAAAACAAGGCCAUAUAUAGCCGUAUUAUAUAUGCGAAAAUAAUAAUAUUACUAAAAUAUUAAGCAAAGGCAAAUAAACAUGAGCUUUGCUACUCUGAGAAAUGUGGAG